CGGAGCACUGCAGUGGGACCAUUCAGUGGGCGGUAGACAACGCCGGGGCGGAGCUCUGCCGAGGGACCACUCCGUGGAAGGCGGAGCUGCAGGCUGAGGACGGCGUGACGGUGCCGGGGCGGACCUCCGCCGAGGAGCCACUCGGCUGAGUGUUGACACCGAGAGCGAAGCUCAGGCUUCGGCGGCGACAAGAUGACAAGCAACAGAUGUGAUGUGAUUGUCAUCGGCGGCGGCAUCUCAGGUCUUUCAGCAGCCAAACUGCUGACAGAAUCUGGGCAGAAGGUGGUGGUAUUGGAGGCGCGUGACCGAGUUGGAGGCCGGACUUUCACAACCAGAAAUAAUAAAGUGAAAUAUGUGGACCUGGGUGGAGCAUAUGUGGGUCCAACUCAAAACCGAAUCCUUCGUCUGUCAAAAGAAAUGGGCCUGGAGACCUACAAAGUCAAUGAGGUUGAGCAUUUAAUUUACUAUGUGAAGGGAAAAUCUUAUCCUUUCAAGGGCCCAUUUCCACCCAUGUGGAAUCCAUUUGCCUACAUGGAUUACAACAAUCUUUGGAGAACCCUGGAUGAUAUGGGAAAAGAGAUACCUGUUGAAGCGCCAUGGAAAGCACCCCAUGCUGAAGAAUGGGACAAAAUAACAAUGCAACAGUUGAUUGAUAAGCUUUGCUGGACCAAGGUUGCCAAGCUUUUUGCUACACUCUUUGUGAAUGUAAAUGUCACCUCUGAACCACAUGAAGUCUCAGCUCUUUGGUUCCUGUGGUAUAUCAAACAGUGUGGUGGGACAACGCGCAUAUUUUCAACUACUAAUGGAGGGCAGGAGAGAAAGUUUCUUGGUGGAUCUGGCCAGAUCUGUGAACAAUUAAUGAGCCGCCUUGGAGACUGUGUGAAGCUGCAAAAGCCUGUGAUGCGGAUUGAUCAAACACAAGAUCCAGUGGUUGUGGAGACUCUUGAUCAUGAACUGUUUGAGGCAAAAUAUAUUGUCAGUGCCAUUCCACCAACCCUCAGUCUAAAGAUUCAUUACGAACCACCCCUUCCAUCUCUGCGAAACCAGCUUAUCCAACGUGUUCCCAUGGGAUGUGUAAUCAAAUGCAUGGUAUACUACAAAGAAAACUUCUGGAGGAAGAAAGACUAUUGUGGAAGCAUGAUCAUUCAAGAUGAGGAAUCUCCUAUUGGCCUUACUCUGGAUGACAGCAAACCAGAUGGGUCGUUUCCUGCUAUCAUUGGGUUUAUCCUUGCUCGAAAAGCACGGCGUCUGGUAAAUCUCACAAAGGAAGAGAGGAUGCAGAAGAUCUGUGAGAUUUAUGCCAAGGUUCUUGAAACUGAUGAGGCAUUACAUCCUGUCCAUUAUGAAGAAAAGAACUGGUGUGAAGAGCAGUAUUCAGGUGGAUGUUACACUGCAUACUAUCCUCCAGGAAUUAUGACUCAGUAUGGCAAAACCCUGAGACAGCCAUUUCAGAAGAUCUACUUUGCUGGAACUGAGACAGCCACUGAGUGGAGUGGAUACAUGGAAGGUGCCGUGCAGGCUGGAGAGAGAGCAGCCAGAGAGAUUUUGUAUGAGAUGGGGAAAAUUUCAGAAAGUGAGAUUUGGCAGUCUGAGCCUGCUUCCAUGGAUGUUCCUGCAUUCCCAAUCAAGACAACUUUCUGGGAGAGAAACCUGCCUUCGGUUCCAGGAGUCAUCAAGCUUUUUGGAUGGUCAGCGUUCCUCACUUCUGCAGCUGCUGCAGGGUUCAUUGUGUAUAAAAAGGGACUCCUGAAAAAUAAUUAAGUUGGAGAACGUUUGACGGUGGACCUUACUGCACACUUACUGUCAACAUCACGUCAGUUGUGAUAAUCGUCUAAAAAAAUUCCUGCUUACCUAAUACAAUGAUUGAGUUUCCCAUAAGGAAAUCUGUAGAUUAAAAUAUCAUCAUGAAUCCUCAUUGAACUUUACUAAAAUUUUACAUUAACCCAUUGGGAGAUAAUAAGGAUCGUGAACAAUAUUGACAAUAUUACUGAUUUUGCAUGUAUGUUUAUGUUUUGAUAUGACUUGAUUUCACCUGAUUUUAUGCACUACAUAACCAUAUUUUAGAUUUUAGAAUUUGUCUUUACCUUUUCUGGACAUAAAUUCCUAGAUUAUUUUCCUAGUUAAUGUGCUCGUUGUUUCAAUUGAAACAUUUUGCCUAUAAUUUUGUUUACAGUAACUGAGUCUUAUCAGAGAAGCUGUUGUAUAAUACAUAGAAUUAAGUGAUAUUAAAACACCAACAAUUCUUAUUAUUAUCCAGCUAUUUUAGACAGCAAUGCCUUUUAAAAUUUCUAACAUAUAUUUAAUACCUCUGAGGUGUAUAUAAACACUCUAGUUAUAUAAACUUCUAGUUAAAAGAAAUUGAGGGAGACAUUAUAGUGGGUGGUAUUGUGCACAUGAAUUGUGUUCUUCCGCCGCGAGGAAUUCGCUUCUUUACAGUAUCUGUGAAAAGCUGAUCAAUUUGGUCAACAGAUUUUAGGCAGCUCAACCAUCAUUUGUUUUCGCAGUUUCUUGAGGUAUUGCAUGAAAACCUUUUUUUUUUUCUUAAUGGCAUAGAUUUUCCAUUUAUAUUGAUUAAAAUAACAUAUAAUGGUCAUUUAAAAACCAGAAAUCGAUGCUGCAGACUCACUUUAUACUCCACAACCAAUUGUGGUACUUAGCUCCAGGUAUCUCUAAUCAAACUAUUUUGUUAAAAUUGUUUUGGAAAUAGACAAGUGCUGAUGUCACUGUACUUUUCAAACUUGAAAGACUGAAAGGAAAUGUCAAAAGAUUUAAUUUUAACAUAGAAACAUAGAAAAUAGGUGCAGGAGGGGGCCAUUCGGCCCUUCGAGCCAGCACCGCCAUUCAUUGUGAUCAUGGCUGACCAACAUGUUGGUUUGUGUUUCUGAAUGAAAACAUCCUUGCACUUCCAGAUAUAGGCAUUUUUCAAUAUUUUCAUCCACAUUUGGAUUUUCUUAUAUUCAUGAAAAUAAAGCUGAGGCUAAUUAUAGCAACAUAAAUUUAUUUAAAUUCUGAAUAAAUUAUAUAUUUAUAUAUCUGACACUAAAUGCAAAACCUUUUCCCUUCUGAUUAUUAUACGUUGAGCAAAGAUUUUAUUUUGCCAAUUAAUUAAUUCAUUAUAUUAAUCAUUUGAAAUUGUAUGAUUUAGCAAACUGAGAUAAAAUAAGAAAUUAUGUUAAAAUUCAGGAUCUAGAUUGAUAACAUUAUAUCAGCAGAAGCAGGUAAUUUCCAAGAAGUUGCAUGACAAACAAAUGUAUGUGAUAAUGAAUCCCAAAUAUUAUGAGUACAUGUUGAACAUCAAUGUGAGUUCAGUGUAAUUGUGCUACAGCAGAUAUGAAAAUACAGUGAUGGAUGGUGCAAUUUGCGUAUCAGUGUCUGUGGCAAAAAUCUAUAUAUUGGAACAUUCUACAGUGAUGCUGAUAUUGUCUUUUUUUAAAAGACUGAGUUUAGUCUUUGUGCCUUAUUCCAAUGUGGUGUUUUCAUUUUCUCAAGUGCCUAUGUGGCUGUCUUCAGUGUGCACAUUUUCAGGCUGUAAGAUUUGAAAAUUUUAUAAUGUUUCUUGUAACUUUGUAUUUCUGUACUGGUACACAGACAACGUAAAUUUGGUAUAAUCUGUAAUGCGCUGAUAGAUACAAAGGUCAGUGUUUUGUUUGAAUCAUGCCCAUUACUCAUUAAUAUCUUUAUUGCUAAAUGGAGCUAAUGAUAGUUUAAUUCCAUAGAAGAUUAUUAAUCAAUAAUGUAAGGUCUAGGUGGGUCACAUCUUAUUGCUCUGUAGAAUAUUAAGAGAAAAUGCAAGGAACUUAAUAACGCACGCUAGCAGAUUUUGCAAUACAUUUUCCGUACAUUUAAUAAAUAAAAAUCAAACAUUUGCUCAAUCAUGUGAGAUCGAGUGUUAUAAAUCAAUCUUGUGCUUAUAAGAAUUGAAAUGAAUACUGUUGGUUACUGAUCUGGUAAUAAAACUGACGUGAACAUUUUGUUGGA